GAGAGGAGUAACCCAUGCAAGGAAUGGCCUGAGGUAUGGCCCAUUGUAAAACUGGAGCGGCGAACGAUAGCGGUUACUACCACAUCUCCCAUUGAUGAUGGAUAAAGCCAACCGAGAUUGUCGACUUUUAUAUGCUUGCCCUAAUGACUCGCUGUAUCUCGUCUUUGUGAGAAAUCGUCGCACGAGCGGCCUUCUAGGAGCACCUACAGACAUACACUGGGGAAAUGCAGUCGUCCUCCUUUUUUGAAUUAUUUUGUUUGAAUUCCCUACAAUGCAAGCGCAUUUCUAUUGGGGCGCAGGGAUUUAUCAGUGCCUUCAAAAAGGGUCGCGGUGCUUACGUCCGCUGUUCCAACCCUAAGUCUCACCGGCGGUGCCAACGCGUGCCCGCACAUCACCACUUCGUUGCCCGUCGUGUCGUCACUCGAUGCAUUGGGCUGCGUCCCGUUGCCGACAAAGACCUUCUCCAGGCUAGUAGCUCGACGAGAGGGGCACCAUUGAGUUCGAACAUUCCGAGUCGAUUUGGAUUAAGCAACCAAACCCAUCACAUACCGAACUUUUGGAUAGCAUACUCAAGAAAGAAACGUAUGUGCGGAUAUAAGGCUGCUUUAACCUCUCGAAUCAAUCUGCCACGUCAACUCUACGAUGUGUGGCAACAUGCACAUGCACACAGAUAUUGGGGCAUGGCCGAAGCCAGGUGUAUUUCCAGAGGCCAGAUGUCGGCUUUCAGGAGAUCAUCGCAAACGGAGCCGUUUCUCCCUUUACAGGGUCAAAGUCCAGGACGAACUUGCCAUAGAAAAACACCAGUCGAAUAUUUCACAGAUCCCAUGCAAGCUUUUUGCCGUGCUGUCCAAUUUUGAAAAGAUGGACGGCUCUUUUGCCCUUGUGGAAACAAAUUUCUCCAUGGACACAUCCUCCCUGGCCGGUCAAUCA